AUGCAAUCAGAAGUCACACGAAUUAUCAAAGGUCAAAAUCAAACUACCUCGAGUCCCAACUAUCACUAUGGUAACAGCCACAGAAGGUCAGAUUCGAUAGAUUUGGGUAGACGUGGAAGUGCUAUAUCGAUGCUUUCAUUGCAACAAUCUACUGCUAGUAAUUCAAACACUCCACCCACAUCGCCCCAAUCGCCCCAAUCGCCCCAAAACCAAUACAGACAAAGCUUUGCUAAGCAAAGGCAUUCUUUAGAACAGCUACAAUCUUCCUUGGACUUUGUACCUGAAGCUCAGACUAUAGACUUGGACGAGAUCACCCGGGAAUUUAGAAGACAAGAGCGGGCGCUCCAUGAAGCUGAGAUCAAUUGGUUUCAUUUUUUGAAAGAGAUGCCCGUUGAAACACCAUGGAGGCCCAAUGAAUCAAAUGUGAAUCUACCGGAAACCUCGGAAAUGUUGCUAAACAAAUACAAUUCAGAAUACAAUAUUCUGAACAAUGGCGAUUCCAAGCAUGUUAGAGAAACUGCCUUGAGGCGAGCAUUGGGUCGUUUUAGAAACUCGAGUAGAGCAUUAGGUAAAGUUAGAGUAGGGUCUAAUAGAGACGAAGGCAGUCGUUGA